AUGGGCCACGAGGGGUGGAAGUUAGGGGCGAGCAAGGCAAUUCAGAAAUUAGACACACUGUUGCCGGGGGUUGGCGUUGAGAAAGCGUACAGCGGUUUCUAUGAGGAAUCUUUCGAUCACGUUCCCACGACGCGAUUUCGUCUCGCUGCAUACAAAGAGCUGUAAAUUAUCGUAGUCGUCACUGCGUGGGCAAUUUUUACAGCAAUUUGACGAGGGUACAGAAACCGAGCACGACGUAUUAAUUUCUCGAUUAUCGUCCUGAUACUUGUGUUCUCGAAUCACGAAAAUUGCGUCGAAUAAUUAGGUAAUAUUGCGCAGGAUACUUAUGAAUUUCAUGCUUACUCCUUUAGGAGAAUUUGAAUUAACAUCCGCGUUUCAUUAUAACGUUUUUUUUUUCUUUUGGCUUAAACGUCUGAAUAUUAUGUCUAUAAUUGUGUCAAAAUAUAACGCUAUAUUUGUGAUUGAAUAUAUCGUAUGUUCCGAAGUAUUCGGUACGGGAACCUUAAUUUAAGAAGCUCUCCGCAAAAGGAGAUACUCACAUCCAUGUUCCUGGUAAAGUCGACGCUACGACGAUGAGAAGUAAUCGCAGAAUAAUAACGAGCAGACUGCCGUAAGGUGCCAUUUUACCUGCAAAGUAAUUUCAACACAAGUAUUAACUCUCAAAUUGUCUUGUAAUCCAAAGCAAAAGAGAAAAAGAAAAAAAACAAGAAUAUAAAAGAGAGAAUUUGUCGUGUGAAACAUACAUUAAAAAUAUAUAAUUCCAUUUUAAUCUGUUGACUGUUUUAAAAAACAGUCAAGUUUCUUUCAUCAGGUCAGACAAUAUUUAUCGUUGGUGAAAGUUUGUAUGCAUUUUCACAAACAGCUUCGUAAAAAUUCACGUUGCUCAAACUAGGAACAAUUUUCGUCAAACAGAAUCGCGAAAUUUCACGAAGGAAUUCCGAAUAAUAUCAUUCAUCUCCAUCUAUUGAUUUUACAAUUUUUCCUGUUCGUAUAACUCGUAAAAAAAUUUUCCUAAAAAUUAUGAUCAAAUUAAUUUAUUUCUAUCACUGUAAUUUUAUUAAUUUGAUCGUUGUCAGUCGCAGCGGGUGCAAUUACUGUAUUAUUAUUUGAUCGAAAUUUCGAUACAUCAUUUUUUAAUCGUACAGAAGGAGAUCCAAUAUUAUAUCAACAUUUAUUCCGAUUUUUUAAACAUCCAGAAGUUUAUAUUUUAAUUUUACCAGAAUUUGGAUUAAUUUCACAAACGGAAAUAGGAAGGAAAGGAAAUAUCAGGAAUUGGAUUUCUACGAUUUAUUGUUUGAGCUCGUCUUCCGUGGGCUUCGAGUAUGCCGUGGACUCGGCUGGGAACGAAAGACACCUAAGUCCAGACGAUUAUGGUACAUCGAUUCGACAUUACACCUUGCUUGCUCCUUGA